AUGGAAAAAACAUUUACCCUGUCACAAGUAUUAGAUUAUGGAAGAGCAUUAGCUCGUACAGACCAACAAACAAAGGAAAUUAUAAAAAAGGACAUUUCUGAUGGUAAUGAGGAAUAUACUAAUCAAUUACAACAGGAUCACCGAAGACCUAGAACAACCAGUAAGUACUCGUCAUCAUCUAGUAAGAAACGUUUUAAAUGUGGACUGGGGUUUCCACACAAGGAUAACCAGAAAUGUCCAGCUGUAGGUAAAGAAUGUUACAAGUGUCAUAAAAGGGGGCAUUUUGCUCGUGUAUGUAAAACAACCCGAGGAGGUACUAGUUCAUUCCAGCGUGUUAAUAAGGUUGAUGAACGGCAUUCAUUAACCCACAAAUCAACAAGUAAUUCGAGUAGUGACUCAGACAGCGGUUCAGAACAAUAUGUUCACAGUUCAACAAGCACAACAAAGAACU